UUCUUUCAUAAACCAGGCAAGUCGUCAAAUUUUCUUCAACUUAUCAUAGAAAAUUCUAAAGUGAAAAUGGUUCCAAUAACUAAACCAUACCUGAAAAUUACACCAGAUAAAUUAUACGUUUCAAGAAGACCACAAAUCAUCUCUUGCAUAUUAUUUGUCUUUACGGUAAUAAUAUGCACAACCUUUUUCUAUUAUUUCUUAAAUGGCGCCUUCGUCCUAACAAUUAUCAUCCUGGGAGAAAUCAUAUUUGGCCUCGACGCCUUUGGUGAACGGGAAGAAUUCAUGUUGGAAAAAUCUAAAAAUUUAGCCACAUUUACAAAAUAUUCUUGGUGUGACAAAUUAUUUUCAAAAUCUGCAGAAAGUUAUACCCUCAAAAUGAAAUUGAGCGACAUACGACAUGUUGGAGUUUCACAAAAUAUAGGACUUUUCAUGCUUCCCCGAAAUGGAAAAGCUGUGACUUUAAGCACCCGAGGUUUAAAACGUGAUGAGGUUCAAAACAUUAAAAGAGAUAUAAAUUUUUUCCUCAAUACAACUAGACUCGAAUAUACAGAUCAUAAAUCGGCAGACCUCGGUUAUAAUUUUUUAAGUACUUCAGAUUCUGACGAGUAUCUCCAAUCUUUACUUCGAAAAUGUAGCCGUCGUUCCAGUUUAAAAAAAUUGCCGUUUUCAUCGGUACAACAGCAUCAAAGCACGCCUUCUUUUGGAUCUCAAAGAGCUCAAGGAAUUCCUGAAUUUCCUCAAAGAAUUAUCAAGAGACGGCCCUACGGUUCUAAUCUCUUUUUUCAAAAUAUUCACUCAUCACAGACGAGGCGCAGAAGUUGAUUCACCAAAGAUAAUAAUUACCUGCUAGAUUAUUUACCUUUUUCAUCAGUUCAUGUAGUCUUCUUUCUUGUAAUAAAACAUUUUUAUUU